UAUGAAUAUGAUUAUUGAACUGAACACGCCAUGACAAUAGAAUCUGCACUCUAACUCUUUCUCUUUCUCUCUCCUCCUGGUCUUGCGUGAUGCCCUUAGGAAACGGUCACAAAUUUCUUGUUCUCAAUGUAGUGAUGAAGAAGAAGAAGAAGAAGAAGACACAAUACAAUCUUCCAAGCCACUACACCACACAAUGGCGAAUCCCGAAACUCACCGUCAACACCACCGGUCUAAACCUCGACCCUCUCCAUCUUCAACGGUUCGAAUCAAACCACGUCCCAAAGACCGGGUCCUACUCACAAAGCUUCUCCGAGUAGCAUCCGUCGCCGGCGGGAUUCAAUUCGGAUGGGCUUUGCAACUCUCUCUUCUAACACCAUAUGUGCAACAGCUCGGAAUCCCACACGCGUGGGCCAGCAUUAUAUGGUUAUGUGGGCCUCUUUCUGGGCUUCUUGUUCAACCCUUGGUUGGGCAUUUGAGUGAUCGGUGUACGAGUCGAUUUGGGAGAAGAAGACCGUUUAUACUCGGAGGAGCUGUUUCGAUUGUGAUUUCUGUUCUUAUUAUUGGUCAUGCUGCGGAUUUGGGAUGGAAAUUUGGUGAUACCAAGAAUCAUCGCCAUUCUGCUGUCGCGUUUUUUGUUUUCGGGUUUUGGAUUUUGGAUGUUGCUAAUAAUGUUACUCAAGGUCCUUGUAGAGCAUUGCUUGGUGAUCUCACUGGUAAGGAUCAUCGAAGGACACGUGUCGCAAAUGCUUAUUUCUCCCUAUUUAUGGCUAUUGGUAACAUUCUUGGAUAUGCAACUGGAUCAUACAGUGGUUGGUACAAGGUCUUUCCUUUCACACUUACCCCUGCAUGCAAUAUUAGUUGUGCAAAUCUCAAGUCUGCUUUCUUUCUGGACAUUGGUUUCAUUAUCAUCACCACCUAUAUCAGUAUCAUGGCAGCUAAUGAAGUGCCUCUUGGGACACCCAAUGCUGAAGCAGAAGGGGAGUCAGGUGGUAGUGCGGAAGAAGCUUUCCUUUGGGAGCUAUUUGGGACAUUCAGAUAUUUUUCAAAGCCUAUAUGGGUAAUAUUGUCUGUUACUGCUCUAACAUGGGUUGGGUGGUUCCCAUUUCUUCUAUUCGAUACCGAUUGGAUGGGCCGAGAAAUUUAUGGCGGUGAGCCAAAUGAAGGCACUAAUUAUGAUACUGGAGUUAGAAUGGGGGCACUUGGUUUAUUGCUUAAUUCAGUUGUUCUUGGAAUAACAUCAGUACUCAUGGAGAAGCUAUGCAGGAAGCGGGGGCCUGGGUUCGUGUGGGGAAUCGCAAAUAUCCUAAUGGCUGUCUGCUUCGUAGCAAUGCUUGUAGUAACCUAUGUGGCAAAUACCAUUGGUUAUAUAGGCAAAGAUCUACCGCCCACUAGCAUCGUGAUAUCUGCACUGGCAAUCUUUACCAUUCUCGGGUUUCCACUGGCUAUCACUUACAGUGUUCCAUAUGCCUUAAUUUCCACGCAUAUUCAGUCAUUGGGGCUUGGCCAAGGAUUGUCAAUGGGAGUCCUAAAUCUUGCAAUAGUGUUCCCACAGAUGAUAGUGUCCUUAGGAAGUGGACCUUGGGAUCAGUUAUUUGGUGGAGGAAACUCUCCAGCCUUUGCUGUGGCAGCUGUUGCAGCCCUUGCCAGUGGACUCAUAGCUGUCUUGGCUAUUCCCCGAACUGGUACUCAAAAGUCUCGAAGUCCAGUAUGAGGUAUCAUCUUCAUUCUGCUUUGGCACAGAUUUCUUUUGAAGAGGGAUUAUGAAAUUGAACAGGUAGAAAUAAUUUGUAUAUAAUUAUGUUUUACUUAUUUUAGUAGGAUUUUAUCGAGUUUUCCUUUCACAAAGAACCUCUCCAUCUUUUUUCUAAUACGAAUAAUUGAAUACAUUGGUGCGUUUUUAUCUGAUUGGUCAUUAUUUAAAGCCAAUGACCUAAACUUAGAGUGCCACUAUUUUCCGAAGUUUUGGAAACUUCAAACUUUUUCCUUGUUUUCUUCUUCUUGGUGAUCCUGAUGAGUGAGUAGUCUGUUUAAACAAUGAGAAUAUCUGUUUGGUUAACCAUGGGGGACCAUCUACUGGUGGCAAGAAAGAAUGAAUACUCUUGAUGUAUAAGGAGGAUUACGGUACAAUGUCAAAGAAGCAAUUCACAUUGCACUGCUUUUUCAAACAUCCUGGCAACUCAAAUGUAAUCAUAAAAGCUGUCCUAAAAAUAUUGAUUAAAUUAUCUGAAUUCAGUGGGGAAUUUCUUCAUUGUAAAUCUGUCCCACCUGUGAAAGGUGUUGCUUUUAAAUGUGGGGGUAAAGCACUUGGGGCAUCUUCUAUAGGUUCCAAAAUUACUCAGGCAAACAUCCUUUCCAACCAAGAUCGGUUGCUGCUGAUAGGGAAUUAUUCCCCAUGAAAAAUUCCUUUUAAUUUGAGGCAAAUCUGUUCAUUGGUGCUUCGAGCAUAGAUGUGUCGGAAUAUUAGAAAUUUGUGCGUUUGUUUGUAUUAGUUUCAUGAACGUGCUUAGUGGCCAAUAGUGAAUAUGUUAAUUGUGCUGAAUAAAACCUUGACUGUGUACAUGGUUGAAAUGCUCUUAGGCAUAAUCUUUUUCUUUGAA